AUGGCCGUGAAAGAUCUCGUUCAGAAGUAUGAGUCUUCUGCGAGCCUGACCACAAAUGGUCACGCAUCCACGCAGAGCCAUGGACAACGGCCACAACUUAACGACCCCCUUGCCCGUUCUAUUGAUGAAGUAAAGGGCUCGUCGGAUCGACUCCCUCCUCCACGACUCGCCAGAUUUCUCAAACGACGCGAAAGUGGAGAAGUCCCUAACCCACAUACCCGCAUUCUCCACCUCUCUGGCGCACUACCCCCCUCGACUACUUCCACGACAUCCUUGACGAUCUUGAACGACGAAGAUUCAGACAAAACUUCUCAGCGACCUUUCCCACCGUCUCUUUCUACACUCACUCCACAAGCCUCUCAUUCACGCUCUCCGCAUCCUCAUUUCUCAAGAGCACUACCCAUCACUUAUGACGCCGAUGAACAAGAAUACCUCGUAGGGCAUUUAUACCCUCCUGAAAGCCCCUGGUCAGAUGUAAAUGGUAUUAGCCUCAAGAGUCCUCACUCCGCCUCUCAAUACCCAAGGCAUCUUCCGUUUCACAAACCCAUUCCAGCGCCUAUUGUGUUUUCAAGAGGCGCUUUCCCCUUAAGCUUGCCGAAGCUUGACAACUAUAUUUCGCAAUUAUCUACCCCUCCAUUGGGUAAGGAUUCUGAGCGGCAUGACGGGAUGAUGUUUCCUCCUCUUGAUCAGCUGGCAAAGAUUGGACUUUCACUCGAUGACCUGGAGACCAAUACGACUGUGCCUCCUGCAUGGAGAAAUCGAACGUCUAUUCUUGGGGCAUCUUCAAAUGCACUCAUCGGUUUCUUGGGGUCGAGUGCCCUUGCGUCUUUCUACAGCUUACAGGGUUUAAUAAACACAGUACAGAUUUUUGCGUUGAUCUUGAGCACGAUAGUUCCAGUCGGAGGGACAAACGACCUCGGCGAGAAGUGGAGGGGUCUAUUCUUGGGUACAAUACCAAAUGUCCUUGCACUAAACUUUGCUUCUGUGCUGGUGCAAUCCCUCAUACUCCUUGCCGUCUUCAUCUUUCUGGCCGGCAUCCUCUUGUAUUACUUUCAUCGUUCAACGACACGUUGCGAUCGUUACAACUCCAUCGAGGGACUUCAACAAACAGAAACCAAAGGCAAUCAAUGGGGCCUCCUGAUCGUCACCUUCCUGCUGACCACCAUUUAUCUUCCUCUCAGCACCAUGUCAGUCCACGUGCUGGUGUGGUCAGAAGAACUAUGGGCAGUACCAAAUCCAUAUAAGAAUGCAACAGGCACGCCCAAUCCAAUUCCUCUAGGCCCUCCAAAUGAGUUUCGUGAUCCGCUCGACUUUUGUUGGACUACAACCAUGAAACGGAAUGAAGUCAACCUGGCACCCCUCGUGGUCGCCCUCGCUGCUAUAGUCUUCGUUUUCUUCACACUCUGGUUCCCGAUUGCCCUUCGUCGAGUCAUUAAGAGAUCUGUCCCUAAGGUGGACAAGUUUACGGAACUUGGUCGACGUCGCAGCAAAGCAGACCUGGAUGCGGAGUAUCACCGGCUUCUUGGGAGAGAUCGCAAUCCUUUUGCGUUUCUGUACAACGGUUUCCGUCGUGGCUGGGGCACAUACAUUUCAACCUACCUCUUCGCCAAACUCAGCACUCUUCUUACUGUCGCCGUGAUUGAUCCAGAUAAUUGCUUCUUUCGCGCUUUCUCUCGAACAACCAUUCCGAUCGUCCGACAAUGUCUCCUACUGGUAUCAACGUUAUCUUUCUUUCUUGCGCAAUCUGUUUUCGCACCGUUCUUGGAUCCUGUGAACAAUGCCAGCGAAUGGACAUCCCGGCUUAAUUAUCUAUCGACAUCUUUGACUGCUCUUGUCAUCACUUUGAAUGUACCUGGGAAGGACAUAUUCGAUACUUAUGUAUUGUAUAGUAUCUAUAUUUUAACCUAUGGCCUUGGCUUUUAUUUCACUCUUGUUAAUUUUGGCUGGAUGCAACGGAUUAUAAAACGGUUGACUAGAAGAAUCGACUUCAGCAUUGACAUUUUUUCUCCACGUUUGGAUAUUUCGCCCACUUCCGUCCACACCAAACGACGCAUCUGGCAGGAAUCUAUUAGUACCCUCUUCUUGACAGAUCCGGAAUGUCAUAUACCCGCCAAGCAAGCAAUGGCUUUUGCCCAAGCGCGAGACUCGGAGUAUCCGCCUUAUCUUCUUGACUUCAUGGGUACGCCCGCUGAGAGGCACGUAGAGAAUCUAAAGAUCUUACGAGAUGUUGGUCUAGAAGCCUACAGCAAGGCUGUGGCAUUGACAACUGGCCCCGACUUUGCCUGGUACAGAGAUUUAGAAGGCAUCAUCCUCAAGAAUUUCGUUGGCCCGGACAGCUAUUGGAAAGGACCCGGGGAGAGUGCCAUACCCAAUUGCUCUAGUUUCUUUGGAAAUGCGUGGUGGAUUCCUUUUCCUCCAGCUCUUGUCAUUCGCUAUGACGAGGGACCUUGUGCAGUCCUGACUGCUACCUCUGAGCUCGAAGCUUAUAUCUCCCAGAAUUCCUCAGUAGAUAUUCAGAGGAGGCGGUAUAUCCGCAUGUCCCUGCGAGCACUGGAAGGUCAGAUUGUUCGGUGGCCGUACGAACAUAUUCAGGAUGUUGGCACCAAUCUACCAUGGUGUUGUGGCCGCCGCUACAGCGCCGUGACAUCGCGCCAGUACCAACACGCUGUUCUACGCAUCAAACGUCGUGGCCAUCUGAUAUGGAAAGGGCUACCUUUGGGUAGUGGCUUCACUGUUGAGCUGCGAUACUCCAAGAAGGUCAAAGUUUCUGGCGAGGUAAUAGGGCUGAAUGAGGAUUACGACCUGACAUCCUCGCUCGCACGAUUUCUGGAAAUCAACAGAGAACUCGUCGACCAGGGUCUACAUCCGAUCGAAGGAAAGCUUUCAGAGUACAAGCGGCAUCAUCGAAAGGAGUGUCAAUGGAAAUCGCGCGUUUUGACCUACCGUUUCUUAACAUCUGUGUAUGACAAACCUCGCGAUCCCGACACAAUUGCUCGAAGCUGCCUCGACUUGGAGCGAGACGCUAGAGUCUGUCAGCUGAUGAGUCAGAGUAAACCUGUCUUUCGGUCGGCCUAUGAUAGAUUGGCUGCAGUCUCAACCUCCGAGGCAGCAACGUGGUGGUACAUAUUCUGGGAUGAUUUGUGGAGAAGAAACCACGACACAAUCUCCGGCUUGCAGAAGCACGCUUGUGACUUCAACCCCCACUACAAGACCUCCAUCGCGUAUACACCUCUCUCUCGGCCUGCCCUGGAGAGUUUUCUCACUCAGAGAGGCUUGCUUCACAAGAAACCACACCUGUUCGAUUUCUUCCACACUGGGGUUUUGAACAAGCUCUAUUUACGACUAAAUGAUGCUGUUUUCCGAGAUUCCCGCCGCGCGGUUAUGUUCCAUCUAGGCAAUGAUAGACGUGAACUGGACAUGGAAGAUGUGGACGUUCUCACCGAGGCGCAGUCCUCUACACUGGGCACUGGUGGCGGGACAGACCACGACGUGUCAGGCAUCCGUGCGCGGCCUACGUAUCGAUGGGAGGGCCUUUUGGAUGAUCCUCCACGUAACGGCGGCCAUGAGGGCCGUCGGAGGUGGCUGGCGAAACUCAAGGCGUGGUUUGGUAUUACUCCUUUAUGGAGAGCAGGUUCGACCUCAAAUGGACUGUCCCUAGAUGUCAAACUGCAGAAUGGGCGUUAUGUGCUAUUAGACGACGGUGCUUCAAGUUCGGCAACAUCACCAACAAUUCGAAUCCCUGGCGCUGCGACUGCGACCGCGAGCAUGCAUGGCAGUGUCCAGUGUUGA